GUUCGGUUGAGCCAAUGAGAACGAAGCUCCGCCGCUGGUCAGCCAAUCACAACAGGCGUCACAGACUUCUGUGGUUUUGCAGCUGAAGGAUAAUUCCGACAGAAAUCAGACCGUCCUCCUCAUCAUGGCGUCCGGCGCUCUGUUCCCCAGCCUGGUGUCCGGCUCCCGCGGCUCCUCCAGCAAAUACCUGGUGGAGUUUCGGGCCGGUAAGAUGACGAUGAAGGGCAGUACGGUGACCCCCGACAAGCGUAAAGGUCAGGUCUACAUCCAGCAGACGGAUGACUCCCUCAUCCACUUCUGCUGGAAGGAUCGCACCACCGGGAAUGUGGAUGAUGACCUGAUUAUCUUCCCUGAUGACUGUGAGUUUAAACGGGUCAACCAGUGCACCACCGGACGGGUUUAUGUGCUGAAGUUUAAAGCCGGCUCUAAGAGACUCUUCUUCUGGAUGCAGGAACCGAAAAACGAUAAGGAUGACGAGUACUGCCGCAAAGUGAACGAGUACCUGAACAACCCGCCCAUCCCAGGCGCUCUGGGCAGCGGCGGCAGUGGAGGUCACGACCUUUCUGCGUUGGGAGGUGAGGGUGGUCUGCAGAGUCUUCUGGGUAACAUGAGUCACAACCAGCUCAUGCAGCUCAUCGGACCAACUGGACUGGGGGGGAUCGGCGGUCUGGGGGCUCUGGCUGGGCCGGGCUUGGCCAACCUCCUGGGCAGCAGCAGCAGCAGCAGCAGCAGCAGCGUUCCUGCAGUCAGCAACUCCACCACCAGUCCGUCCACCGCCGUCACGCCGACCUCCACCUCCACCGCCAGCCGGCUGGGCUCCACCCAGGUGCCCACCACUCCCAUCACCCCCCUGGCCACGUCUUCACCCUCCCCCACAGCCUCCACCCUCUCCAUCCCUGCUGCUACCGCCGCUGCAGCCGCAGCCAAUCCCACGCAGCCCAUCCAGCUGAGUGACCUGCAGAGCAUCCUGGCCACCAUGAACGUCCCAGCCAGCAGCCAGGGAGUGGACCUGGCCAGUGUGUUGACCCCUGAGGUCAUGGCUCCCAUUCUGGCCAACCCAGAGGUGCAGCAGAGGCUGAUGCCCUACCUGCCGUCCGGCGAGUCGCUGSCGCAGAGCUCAGAGGAGCUGCACAACACGCUCAGCUCGCCUCAGUUCCAGCAGGCUAUGAGCAUGUUCAGCAGCGCUCUGGCGUCCGGCCAGUUGGGGCCUCUGAUGAACCAGUUUGGUCUCCCAGCAGAGGCUGUGGAUGCCGCCAAUAAAGGAGAUGUGGAGGCUUUUGCCAAAGCCAUGGAGACGGAGACGAAGUCAGACCAGGAGAGCGACUCCAAAGACAAGAAGGACGACGACGAAGACAUGAGUUUGGACUAAAUGCUCCUUAAAGAAAGCUAACGCUAUUAUUUAUAACUAUUUAUUUACCUGUUGCUGCUUAGUUUCUGUUACUUAAAGAUCAGGGGCCUCAUGCAUAAAGCGUGUGUGUGCACAAAAAAUGUGCACCAAAACCGAUGUUCUUUCAUGAUUUUAAUAUUUUGUUUAAAUGUAAACGAUGAAACUGACCCGCAUUUAUCCUCAGACAAUAACAUAACACGCAAACUCAAUAAAGAAAAUAAAAAUAGAAGGAUGUGAAAACUUCACUCGAAUGUAAAUAGUACUUUUCCUCAGUUCUUGUCUCAUWAAGAUGUAACGCAUUGGUCCGUGAGCCGAAGCGCAUGGAACGCAUCUAUGGGGUAAUUUUAUUCUGGCUGAGAAAGAAAACGGGGAUGGAUCAGCAGAUUCACUCAAACCUGCUGAUUAAAAUCAAUCAACAGGUUUGAUUAUUUUUAAGGUGAUCGAGGUGUGAAUAAUCACACAUGUUCAGGUAGCUGUGAGCCGCGUACAGGCUCCACCAGCCUGUACGCGGACCAGAGCCAAACGCUCUGGUUCUCCACCAGAGCGUUUGGCUCUGGUGGAGAACAUCGAAAGGAUUCAGAGGGAGCCAUUGGUCAUAUUGAUCUGCUGGGAAAUGAUGAUGAUGAUGAGCGUUUAGAUUAAUCCAGACUGAUCAUCCGGGAUUUCCUAGCAGAACUUAAAGAGCCGCACGGUACCGGUACCGGUCAGCUGCAGUCAUCCUUCAGCUGUGAGUGCCUUUAUGGUCAGAAAGCAUCUUUAUUCUGUAAAUGUAAAACUUCUGCACAUGAUUCCACUAUUUAGAAUAAACGUCCACUUUCCCACUCAGGCUCUCUGACGCGCUGUCUGCCCGGCUGAAAGCGCAGCUGUUUAUUUUAUUUKGAUUUUUUUCUCUCUUUAAAAUGUAUUUUUAUUUUUGUGAGGUGACCUUAUGUGUCCUGAAAGCACCUUUUAAAUAAAAUAUUAUACUUACACUGCUACAAACAAGCACGUUGCCAUGGUUACUGCCUCACGUGGUGGCAGACUUCUGGGUAUUUAUACUAAUUUACAUGUGUAUUUAUGGGUGGACCAGCAGCUGCGCUCAAUUCCCCGCAGAUUGGGAUGCACAAAGGAAAGGUGCGCGGCCACAUGCGUGUUCACGGUUUUAUGCAUCCGAAUUUUUUCGCGCGCCGCACUUUUCUACACUUUUCCACAGUUUAGUGUGAAAACUUGCGCAGGCUUURUGCAUGAGGCCCCUGCUGUGGUAACUGUUGCUCCAGUCCCAGCUGAUCCCAUCUGUAGACAUGACUCCAUGUCUGUCUCACCAUGUUAACAUGUCCUUAUUCCAGGAGAKUCUAAAUUAAAACUUUGUUUGGUGCAUUAA